GCAACACCAACAACCAUGGCCUUCAAGUUUGUCGCGUUCGCCGCUCUGGUCGCUGUUGCUCGUGCCGGAUACAUUGGCUCGCCAGCUGUCAGCUAUGCCGCUGCUCCGGCCCUAGUCGCCGCCCCAGUGGCCAAGGUCGCUACCUAUGCUGCCCCGAUCGCCAAGGUGGCGUACGCCGCCCAGCCAGAGGAGUACGACCCGAACCCUCAGUACUCGUUCUCGUACGGAAUCUCGGAUGCCCUGACCGGUGACUCCAAGUCCCAGCAGGAAUCCCGCAGCGGAGAUGUUGUCCAGGGAUCGUACUCCGUCGUUGACCCCGAUGGCACCAAGCGUACCGUCGAGUACACGGCUGACCCACACAACGGAUUCAACGCUGUCGUCCACCGUGAGCCUCUGGCCGCCAAGGUCGUCGCUGCCGCCCCGGUCGCCUAUGCUGCUCCAGUUGCCAAGACCAUCUCGUACGCCGCUCCUCUGGCCACCAAGACCGUCGUUGCUAGCCCAGCCAUCUCUUACGCCGCUCCGGUAGCCAAGACCUACGUCUCGAGCCCAGCUAUCUCUUACGCCGCUCCGGUAGCCAAGACCUACGUCUCGAGCCCGGCUGUCUCCUAUGCCGCUCCUCUGGCCACCAAGACCUACGUCUCGAGCCCGGCUGUCUCCUAUGCCGCUCCUCUGGCCAAGACCUACGUCUCGAGUCCAGCUCUCUCGUACGCCGCCCCGGCCUACGCUUCCUACCACUAA